UGAAUGUCUCCUGCCUGCCGCAGUGAGAGAAUUACCCUCAUUUGCCUGGGGGCCUCGACUAUGAUCAGAUCAGAUGAGCCCCUCUGAAUCCUGUUGCACUCUGGUUUAGAGAAGACAGUGGAGAGAAGAAGAGGGAGUCAGAGUUCCAUGUGACUAUCUUCCAUCAACCCCCCUGCCCAUUCCCCUCCAGGAAAAAGGAGUCAGUUGCAGAGUGGAGAAAAACAAGACUGUGAAAGAAAACAAGAAAACGUCAAAAAUACUUUUGUCUUGAAGGAGGGAGAGAAACACCAACUGGGCAAGAGGAGGGGCUGCCUCAGCCAUGGGCAAACAGAACAGCAAGCUACGGCCGGAGGUGUUGAAUGACCUGCGCGAGAACACAGAGUUCACUGACCACGAGCUCCAGGAGUGGUACAGAGGCUUCCUAAAAGACUGCCCCACGGGCCACCUGACUGUGGAUGAGUUCAAGAAGAUCUAUGCCAACUUCUUCCCGUACGGGGACGCCUCCAAAUUUUCCGAGCACGUCUUCCGCACGUUCGACACCAACGCAGAUGGGACGAUAGACUUCAGGGAGUUCAUCAUCGCGCUGAGCGUAACGUCACGAGGCAAGCUGGAGCAGAAGCUCAAGUGGGCCUUCAGCAUGUACGACCUGGAUGGGAACGGCUACAUCAGCCGCGCGGAGAUGCUGGAGAUCGUACAGGCCAUCUACAAAAUGGUGUCCUCUGUCAUGAAGAUGCCAGAAGACGAGUCCACACCUGAGAAGAGGACAGACAAGAUCUUCAGACAGAUGGACUCAAACAAUGAUGGUAGGCUGUCCCUGGAGGAAUUCAUCAAAGGUGCCAAGAGUGACCCGUCAAUAGUCCGCCUGUUACAGUGUGACCCCAGCAGUGCCAGGCAGUUCUGAACGAACACACACAACACACACACACACACACUACUUUUAAGCCAACUGUCACAUGACUAUGGAGAUUAUAUAAAUAUUGUAAUUAUCAUCACUGUUGUUUUGAAGAUCGUUUGAUUUGUACUGUUAGUUCCAUUUCAAUCCAUAGGAGGAUAAUGUUUAUAAAAUGUAAUCAUUUUCAUAUUGUGUUUUACUGUAAAUGUAAUAUGUGUCCAUAAGUAUGUUUUAGUAUCCUGAUAGUGUUUGUUGUGCAACAAUGACAUCCACAAUGAACUGAAGUCUUGCAUAUACAGUAUCAAGCCCCUGAGAAAGACCCAAGGCCCCUGAGAAGGACUUACAAGACUCUUUGUUGCCAGAUAAUGACAAAUGUUAUAUUUAUUCUGUUUUAUUGCAAGAACAUUUUGUUAAAUUCACCAUAAGUUAGGUUUUAGGCCCUGUGCCUUUGAAUGUGUGGCUAACGGAUCCUACCCACUUCCGCUAGCAUUGCUAGAAUUUAAAAAAAAUGCUAGCCAGGAGAAUCUGGACAUUGCGUAAUAAACAACUAACAAUGGUUGGGAGGAAACAACAAUGGGGAAAGAUGAGAAUAAAACUUCUAAAUAAUUACUUUAACCUCCAAAACACAGGGUUUGGCUUGAAAUGUGUCUGUUAAAACUAAUAGUACCUCUAAUGCUGUUUUGCUGAGUGUUGAGUUUUGUGACGUGACAAAACGUUCCUAUACCUACUGCCAAGUUUGUGUUUGUAGAAUUGAAAAUAAAGUCUACUGUUAUGUCAAAAACCCUCCAGCUACAGUGCACGUUGUUCUUCACUCUUUCUUUGUCACUAUUUCAUCAUAUCCGUGGA